AUGUCGCAUGCAACUCGCGGAGGCCUUCCUCUGAGGUAUGAGCACCGGCCUAAUGGAAACGUAAGCCCGUCAUCAUAUGACGGCAGUUCUAUUGGUGCCACCUCCUCCUCCUCUACUACUACACCAAAGUAUAGUGAUUCUGGCAAGGCUGUAGGGGGGAACUCAUCAUCUGAUCAUCAGGCGGAGGUCGUUAGGCAACUACUGGAGUUCAUGAGUGCGGCUGAGGCGGGUGACCCUACAGCCACUUCACUAUUUGCUGGUCUGAAUGCUCAUCAACGUUUAUUCAAUGCGGCUGCUGAGUGCGAUGACUUGAUGGAGGGGAAGGGGCAAUCUGGGAUGUGGUUGGAGGAUGGUUAUCCACUCUCGAUGUGUGUACAAGGAGAUGAGUAUUACUUUCAGUUGUCAGAGGAUGAUCUACGCAAGGUGUUUGGAAGAUAUGGUGAAGUCCGGCUCAUUGAGGUUACUGGUCCCGGUAGAGAUGUUGCUCAUGUCUAUUAUGAACAGUUGGCUGAUGCACAGAAUGCUAUACAGGACCUCAACGAUAAGGUAGGGGCCUUUGAGGUGAUGCCACCGCCGCAGUCGGUGGGGCCGGCAGCAGCAGCAGCAGCAGCGACUGAGGGGCCUGUAAGGAAGUACACGUGUAGGUUUGAUAUAGGCAUUGAUAAUGAUAGGGAGUUCCAGGUUGCUCGAAGGAUCAUAGGGAAUAAAGGAAGUAAUAUGAAGAGGAUAGUCGGAUUGUCUAAUGCCAAGUUACGUUUGAGAGGUCAGGGAUCAGGAUAUCUGGAAGGAGCCAUAAGACAGGAGUCCCCCGAUCCACUUCAUCUUUGUAUAAGUUGUAUUACCAGGGACGGUUACUUGGCCGCUGUGGAGGAGACUAAAACCCUUUUAAGACGGGUAUAUGCUGAGUGGAGGAAUUUCCAAAUUAAUAAAGGAAGAGGAGAUCCUGGCAUGAUGGAAAUUCAGAUGAAGGAACAUUUUCUUACUGCUGCUGGCGAGAGAGAUCUCGAUAUGGAGUAUUCACAGCCGUUCAAGUCGACCCCGAUGAACCAACAUUACCCGACGAUGCCCCAUCCGUCGCAAAACUACUACCCUCCGAGCAUUCCCCAUGCCCCUGUGUCGAGUCGUGGAGGCCCUUAUAAUUAUCCGCGUUGA